AUGAGUAAUACACUUGAAGAGCGAUUAAGGCUCAACUCUAGCGCUUUCGAUGGUCUACUGUCAUUGAUACCAGCCAAAUACUACUACGAUGACAAGACUCAAGAUCAAUGGCGCGCAAAGAAGAAGUCAAAAGCGCAGUCCAAAAAGGACAAAAAGAAGAAGCUGGACCCGGAGCAACAAAACGAGGAUUCUGCAUCUGCUCUUGAGAUUAUGAGGCAGCGUGAGAGCGAAGCUAAGCCAGUCGUGCUGCCUGGCGAAAAAAUGCGAGUCAACGCCGCUAACAGCGACAAUGCUAGUAACAGCAACAGCGACGAGCAGGGCAGCAGCUCCGAGGAAAAUCAAGAGCCAAAGGAUUCAAGCGAAGCCGAGUCAGUCGCAGAAGAAAGUGAAGAUCUACAGAAAGCUACAACCGAGACACCCGACCAAGAGGAGGAGACAAUCGACGUGAUCUUUGAUGACGAGGGCAACGAAGUCACCUUGAAUAAGCACGAGAAUGCGGAAGAUAACAAAGAGCAUGAACAAGAGGAGCUAACCAAGGAGAAAAAGGUACAACAUGAAAAGCAAAGAAAAGAAAACCUUGAGAAACUGCGUUCGAAACUGCAAGAGAGAAUCCAAGCCAUGAAACAAAAAAGAAAAGCACCAGGAUCCCAGGUCGAUGGGGCACCAAGCUCUCGUGAGGCUAUUUUGGCGCAACGUAAAAAGAAGCAGGAACUCAAGCGCAAGAGAAUGGAGGAUAAGACUAAAGCCGAAGAGUCGAGCGAUGAUAGCGAUUCAGGGUCCGACAGCGAAGACGAAGGCCGUUCCCCAGACAAGAAACAGCGCGGCGAAGAUGGUGAGGCUAUCGGUAAGCAAAUAAUGUUCCAAAACAUUGAAUUUGAUGAUGGUGAAAGGGCUACGUCCGACUUACAGCGCCUGCGGAAGAUGGGGAAGAAAAAGGGACCUGCCAAGAAUGACAUCAAGGCUCAUUUAAAGCUGGCCGAAACUCGGAAAGCUCAGAUCUCCAACAAAGAUGAACUCGAACAGAUUAAAUUGAAAGAGAAAGAAAAAUGGCAACGAGCUAUGUUGCAAGCCGAAGGUGUGAAGAUAAAAGACGACGAGAAACUGCUACGCAAAGCCUUAAAAAGGAAGGAAAACAAGAAGAGGAAGUCUGCCAUUGAAUGGCGUGAACGUAAGGAGGCUGUCGCAAAUUCUAUCUCUGAUAGACAAAAGAGAAGAGAAGAAAACUUACAGAUAAGAAAGGACAACAAAGGUAAGAAAAGGUCGCAAAGAGAAAAGAUGAAGCGUGGUUUUAAAGGUGUGAUGGCUCCCAAGAAAAGAGCUGGUUUCGAAGGUCGUCUCAAGAGUGGAAAAAAGAAAUAA